CCGCUCGUGGGUUGGCACCGAGCGGAGCGGCCGCCGGCCACGGCGGAGCGAUGAUCCGCAGGGAAGACACCGAACGGGCAGUGGAAAUCCUGACGAGAUACCAAAGCACCCUGCGUUCCCCAGAGGAACAGGAGCUGAAAGCCUCCAUUGGAAAGAUCUCACACAUCUUCCAAAGCGAACUAUUCCAGGCUCUGCUGGAUAUCCACGAAUUCUACGACUUCACACUGCGCUCAGCACCCCUGCAGCCUCCCAGCCCAGCAGUGCAUCGUGGCACAGCCCAGCACCUCAGCCCCAGAGAGCCCCACGGCCCCCCCGAGCCACCAGCCCAGGAUGGUGAGCAAAGGCUGCUGGCGGUGACACCGGGGACUCCCCCAAGGCUGGUGAGGGUGACAGCACGCCGGACGGAGGCACCGACCAGCGUCUGCAGCCUGGUGCUGGGCUCCCGCAGUGCCCUGCCACAGGCCAACCCUGCUCCCAUUAUCGUGAACACAGACUCGCUGGAACAAGGGCUCUCUGUGAACGGCAGUGAUGGGAUGUUCAAAUAUGAGGAGAUCGUCCUGGAAAGGGGUAACUCCGGCCUCGGCUUCAGCAUAGCAGGAGGGAUCGACAACCCCCACAUUCCAGAUGAUCCCGGCAUCUUCAUCACCAAAAUCAUCCCCGGGGGAGCGGCAGCCAUGGAUGGACGUUUGGGGGUAAAUGACUGCGUGCUGCGGGUCAACGACGUGGACGUCUCCGAGGUGGUGCACAGCAAAGCAGUGGAGGCCCUGAAGGAAGCAGGCCCCGUGGUGCGGCUCGUUGUGCGGCGCCGGCAGCCCCCACCGGAGACCAUCAUGGAGGUCAACCUGAUGAAGGGACCCAAAGGACUGGGCUUCAGCAUCGCGGGGGGCAUUGGGAACCAACACAUCCCUGGGGACAACAGCAUCUACAUCACCAAGAUCAUCGAGGGAGGCGCUGCCCAGAAGGACGGACGCCUGCAGAUCGGGGACCGGCUGCUGGCGGUGAAUAACACCAACCUGCAGGAUGUGCGGCACGAGGAGGCGGUGGCUGCGCUGAAGAACACUUCUGAUAUGGUGUACCUGAAAGUGGCCAAGCCUGGCAGCCUGCACCUCAACGACAUGUACGCGCCCCCCGACUACGCCAGCACCUUUUCAGCCUUGGCUGACAACCACAUAAGCCAUAACUCUAGUCUGGGCUAUUUGGGUGGUGUGGAGAGCAAGCCUGCAUACCCUGCCCCCCCACAGGUGACCCCCUCCAGGUAUUCGCCCAUCCCUCGGCACAUGAUCGGGGAUGAAGACUUCACCAGAGAGCCCCGGAAAAUCAUCUUGCACAAAGGCUCCACCGGCCUGGGCUUCAACAUCGUCGGGGGAGAGGACGGAGAGGGCAUCUUCGUGUCCUUCAUCCUAGCCGGAGGCCCCGCCGACCUCAGCGGGGAGCUGCGGAGGGGAGAUCGCAUCCUGUCGGUGAACGGUGUGAACCUCCGUAACGCCACCCACGAGCAGGCGGCGGCGGCGCUGAAGCGGGCGGGACAGACGGUGACCAUCAUCGCGCAGUACCGGCCCGAAGAGUACAGUCGCUUCGAGUCCAAGAUCCACGACUUGAGAGAGCAGAUGAUGAACAGCAGCAUGAGCUCUGGCUCUGGCUCACUUCGGACAAGCGAGAAGAGGUCCCUGUAUGUCCGAGCUCUGUUUGACUAUGACCGGACCCGGGACAGCUGCUUACCCAGCCAGGGGCUCAGCUUCUCCUAUGGGGACAUCCUGCACGUCAUCAAUGCCUCUGAUGAUGAGUGGUGGCAAGCCAGGCUUGUGACACCUCAUGGUGAGAGCGAGCAGAUAGGAGUCAUCCCCAGCAAGAAGAGGGUGGAGAAGAAGGAGAGAGCGCGGUUGAAAACAGUGAAAUUCCACGCCAGGACCGGCAUGAUAGAAUCCAACCGGUCGAUCAAAACGAAACGUAAAAAGAGUUUCCGCCUCUCUCGAAAGUUCCCAUUUUACAAGAGCAAAGAGAACCUGGCCCAGGAGAGCAGCGGACAGGAACAGGGCGUGACAUCAAACACCAGUGACAGCGAGAGCAGUUCCAAAGGACAAGAGGACACUAUCCUGUCAUACGAGCCGGUGACACGGCAAGAAAUUCACUACGCCAGGCCAGUGAUCAUCCUGGGGCCCACGAAGGACCGAAUUAACGACGACCUCAUCUCUGAAUUUCCACACAAGUUUGGUUCCUGCGUGCCACACACCACCAGGCCUCGGCGUGACAAUGAGGUGGAUGGACAGGAUUACCACUUCGUCGUCUCCCGAGAACAGAUGGAGAAGGAUAUUCAGGACAACAAGUUCAUAGAGGCCGGGCAGUUUAACGACAAUCUCUAUGGGACCAGCAUUCAGUCGGUGCGGGCGGUCGCAGAGAGGGGAAAACACUGCAUCCUGGAUGUAUCUGGCAAUGCUAUCAAGAGGUUGCAACAAGCACAACUUUACCCCAUUGCCAUUUUCAUCAAACCCAAAUCCAUCGAAGCGCUCAUGGAGAUGAACCGGAGGCAGACAUACGAACAGGCCAACAAGGUCUUUGACAAAGCCAUGAAACUCGAGCAAGAAUUCGGAGAGUAUUUUACAGCCAUCGUACAAGGAGACUCUCUGGAAGAGAUUUACAGCAAAAUCAAACAGAUCAUCGAGGACCAAUCCGGGCACUACAUCUGGGUCCCGUCCCCAGAGAAGCUCUGAAGCUGUCCCCUACCUGCGGGGACCAUCUCUGACGUCCCACCCCACCUGUGCCCUCUGCCCUAAGGGGGGGGGAUGUGCAAACGAUUCCUGCCCCCUUUUUUUAGAUCGUCGCAAAAUUGAGUUUUCUAGUCCUGUUUCUUUUGUUGGGAUGAACUGAUCUCAUUCAUCACGUGACUGUUCCCACCAUCCCUGCAUGGACCUUCCCACUGCUCCAUUAGAGACAGAUGAGAACCCAUUCAAGAGUCGUUUUUUAUUAUUAUUAUUAUUAUUAUUAUUAUUAUUAUUA